GAUAUGGAGGAAGAGAUGUGCGACGAGGAACGCUAUCGUGACUUGAAUAGCUCAGUGGAACAAAAAAUAGAAGAGGAAAAACAAAGUCGCCCGAAAAAAGCUGAAACUGCAUUUGAUUAUGGAACAAGUACUGUCAGCGGUGAUGGUGAUGGCGGACCUGCUGCCGAAGAUAGUUACAGUGAAACAGAGCCUUUCGAACCUCCUGCCGGCAUAAAGUUGCCAAUGGGAUUGGCUUUGCCCGAGAAUCAAAAGCAGAACCAUAUAAUUGAGAGGACCGCAUUAUUUGUCGUCACGAAAGGGCCGCAAAUGGAUAUAGUAAUGAAAGCCAAACAGAGGAAUAGCACUGAGCAGGUUUGUUUGCUGUCUUCUCAUCAAGUACUGAAGACUUAA